UUCAUGUCUGAAUGUUGGAGUACUGGGCCCUCCCAGCAGGGGACAAGAGAGAUGACAAUGACUUCUGGGAACUAUUGUAACACAGAGAUGAAAGGAUGAUGUGUGAAGAACCAUUGAAGCCCUGGCUCCUUACCUAUAAAAGAGGAAGGUUCUCUAGGAUUCAAAUCAGUCUUGGGGGGCUUCAGAACAAAAAACAUAUCUGAGCAUGAAGAGACCAAGUAUUGCCUGGCUGACAGCUAUCCUGAGCAUUGCAUUCAUCUCCCUGGUCUUGGGAAGGCCCACUCACCCAGAGACACAGCAGACCAGGACUUCUCUUCCAGGAGCUAGAAUGGGACUGACAGCAUCAUCUGGUCUUCAUGGAAAGAGCCAUUCCCGGGGUCAGAAGAUUCCUCUCUACAUGAUACAAUUGUAUCAGACUCUCAUUAUGGGGAAUGACACUGAUCCGUCAGUCCUGGAGCAUCCUGUUCUCUGGGAAUCUGAUUCAGUCCUGAGUCUCACUGCAAAAAGUUGCAGUGAAAUGGGCCACCAUUGGGCAUUUUCUUUUGAUAUGACCUCUAUCUCUAGCAACAAUGAGCUGAGGCUGGUCGAGUUAAGAAUUCAGAGUGCUACAUUACAUAUAUAUAACACUGUAAUGAUAGACAUCUACCACGCCAAAGAAGCUCAGGAGAAGACAUUCGUUGGAACAUUAAAAGCUGACUUAUCCUCUGCAAAUGGCCCCACCUCUAGAGUGUUUGAUCUAACAAAUAUGACUCAGGACUUUAUUUACCACAAGUCGUCUGAGAAAGAAAAUGUGAAGAGUCAGAAAAUGCCUGAUACAAUUAGGUGGAGUAGUUGUGAUAGAGGGAUAAAUCAGAAGGUCAUGCUGGUGGUGUUUCUCAAAGACAAGCAAGUUCUUAACCAUAAUGGACAUCUCAGCCUCAUUAAGACAGUAGAAACAUCUAAGUAUGUGAGGGCGGAAAAUGAAACCAGAAGGAAAUAUGACACUAGCAGACAACGUAGGAGUUGGAAUGUGAAAAACAGCAUCAUUCGAAACAGUAUUCCUCCAUUAUCAGCAGAUAAUGGUGAACCCCUGUGUCGGAGAGUGGAUAUGUUUGUGGACUUUGAACAGAUUGAGUGGGGAAACCAGAUCAUUUAUCCAAAAAGAUAUAAUGCGUACAGAUGUGAGGGAGCCUGCCCUAUUCCUUUAAAUGAAGCAUUCAAGCCAUCAAAUCAUGCCUACAUCAAGAGUUUGAUCAAACUGAAAGACCCCGAGAGAGUGGAUUGUCCUCACUGUGUCCCUGUGAAGAUGAGGCCAAUGUCCAUGUUAAUGUAUGAAGGGGAUAAGAUUGUCCUAAAAAACCAUGAGGACAUGAUUGUGGAAGACUGUGGCUGUAGGCCGCUAAAGUUAAAGGACGCACGGGGUGGCGGCUCUAAACCUACUGCUCUUGUGUCCUCGCUGCUUAGAGAUACGCCCGUCCCGGCCUCUGCUCACACCAGCUCCAUAGCCGACAGUGAAGCGCUUACAGUGGGUGCUAUGAAGCAGCUCCUAACGCAAUUUAAGGAUGAAGUUGCGGCAGAAUUUAGAGCGACUAUGAGGGAAUGCCAGCGAUCUAUUGACGAGAUCGGAGGUCGCACCGAUCCCUUAGAAACGAAAAUGGGUGAAGUGGUGUCGUCGCACAACGACCUAAUCUCUUCACACGAACUGCUCCAAACUGAGGUCACGGCACUUAGAGACAAACUCUCGGAUAUUGAAGACAGAUCGAGGCGUAACAACUUAAAGCUACGAGGUGUUCCGGGAACCGUCGCUAACAGCGCUUUAAGUGACUUUGCAGUUUACCUCUUUAGCAAACUACUUCCUUCGAACCGCCCCGCGGACUUCUUAAUUGAUAUUAUCCAUAGGCUUCCAAAAGCCAGGAAUGCCCCUGAUGGUGUCCCCCAGGAUGUCCUUAUGAGGCUACACUAUUACCAUGUGAAGGAGGCAAUCCUGAAAGCUGCCCGACCUUCGGAUGCUGCGUCAGAGGCGUUAGGCUCACUUCAAAUUUUCGGAGACCUGUCCCCUGCUACUUUGGCGAAACGGCGCUCUCUUUACCCCAUCACAUCAGUGCUACGGAAAGAGAACAUUCUAUACAGAUGGGGAUUUCCUACGAAGUUGCUCAUCUCCCGAGAGGGGUCCACAGUCGUUAUAACGAACGUCGAGGAGGGUAAAAAGAUCCUAGCAUCAUGGAACUCUGCAAGUUCUCCUACACACACCUCUCCCGACCGAGGCCUUCAGCGGGACUGGGCCUCAUCGGCUGCAGAACUUUGA